AUGAAAUGGCAAACAAUCGACGAUCAAUAUCUUGAAGAUAUGAAAUUUUUCGCGCAGCUAGUUGGUACGUGGCCACAGCAGAAUAGAUACACUAAACUUUUUCUACGACUUCUUACAUUUCUUGUGGUUAUGUUUGCAGUUGUAACCGAGCCAUCGCGGGUAGUAAUAUUCUACAGUACGGACGUGCUAUUGGAUCAGAUGGUGUAUCUGGAUGUAGCUAUAAGCAUCUUCGUUAAACAAUAUCAUUACAUCCUGAAUGCGAAGAAGUUAAAAGAACUUUUACACGAAAUCGUGGAUGACCACCUCGCGGGACAUACGAAGUGUGAACAAGAGAUUUUGAAUAUAUACUUCAAUAUUUUCAAUAUAUACUUCAAGGCGGCAGGUUUCUCCUUCGUAUAUAAAGGCAUGUUAUGUUUUACCGGACUGGCGUACAUCUUUCUACCGGCAAUACCUCCUAUUCUGAAUAUCAUAAAACCUCUGAACGAGUCACGAGGCCGCGAAUUACUCUACCCGGCUUAUUAUUUUGUUGAUGAAGAGCGAUAUUAUUAUCUGACAAUAAUUCACAUGUCGAUGGGAGUAGUAGUACCAGUUACUGUGUAUAUCGUCAGUGACAUCACUUUGAUUUAUUUUAUAUAUCAUGGUUGCGCCUUGUUGACUGUCAGCGGAUACCGUUUCAAACACGCGUUCGAUGAGAUGAAUGAAUAUGACGAAAAGGACCACGACGUAUUGCAAAGAGCUAACGCGAAGGUGUGCCGAGCCAUUCAGGGACACAGAAAAGCUGCCGAUUGUCAACGCUAGAAGUAGGAUCCACUUACUUCACAUUUUGCGCCCUCACUAUUAGUCAAAUUGGUCAUCUAUUGUUUCUGACGGCAACCGGGCAAAAGGUGGACAAUACCAACGACGAAAUAUUUGAAGCAAUAAAUGAAGCCAAGUGGUACAAUGGUUUGGUCAAAUCUCAAAUGUUAUACGUGCUGCGAAAAUGUUUAAAUCCGUCCGUACUAACAGCUGGCGGACUGGUUCCUUUGAAUUUAUUCACUUUCGUACAGGUCCUGAAAGCAUCUUUCUCAUAUUACACGGCGUUUAACUCUUAGUAUUUUAAACAGAAAGUAAUUUGCGAAUUUCGAGCUUUGUUGUACUUUAAACAACUCAUAUUAGUGCUUACUAUGACUAGUAUACUUCUUUCAUUUCAUUCGCAUCUGCUAGUUGUGGCUACAUCUGAUGUUACACGGAAAAUAUAACAUUUCUUUGUAACGUCUCU